UGCACAAUUGCCACAAUUGAACGACGACGUGCUCCUCACGAAUUAUGAUCGUCAUUCGUCUGGCGUCUUGUCUCUCAUUCGCCUGCCACUUGUAGUUUACGCUCGUUUCUUUUUUGUUUUUGUCUCUCAAUAUGYCCUCGGAUUGACUGUUGGCGUCUGUUUUAGUGUACUCGUAGCUCCGCCUGUGCGGAGAAAACUGAAUAAAAUGUUCUGUCAAUAAAUAACGAUACGAUUUCAUGACGGUCUAUUCAGUCUAACUACAUUGACUGCGGUCAGUGACCGCCAUUUUUGUUCUUCCACCGUCGGGAUAUCAGAUUCCAUCAUGAGUCAAACGCAUCUGCAUAGUGAAAACUUUGAUCUAUGCAGAGUUUGUCUGCUUGAGCCGGAAUCUGAUAGAAAUGUAAAGUUUGUGCAUAUUCUUACUCCCGUCGCUGGGGAAAUGCGAGUGAAGGAGCUAAUGUUGGAAUUGCUUGGAAUCAAUGUUGAGAUCAAUGAUAUUAAACCCAAGAUUAUUUGCGAGAACUGCUACAAGACGCUGUUAGCUUGGAUGGAAGUAAAGAAGAAAGCUGGUGAAUCUGAAAUUGUCAUCAGUUACAUCGCUUCAAAAAAAUAUGGUGUUAACAAGCCUGGAACAUCUAUUGGAACUACUCCAACACUUAUGAUUAGAAGUAAUGGUGAAUCGUCUCAGGAAUCUUCGUUCCAGCAUGGAACAUCUAUUGGAACUACUCCAACACUUAUGAUUAGAAGUAAUGGUGAAUCGUCUCAGGAAUCUUCGUUCCAGCAUUCACAGUUAUCCCAAAGUUCAAAUAUAUAUGGCCCUUCUACAUCCAGAAUGUGUAUUGCGUCUACUUCAUCACAGGUUAUAAUAAAUAAUGGAGAAUCGUCUUCAUUCAGACAAUCUCAAUUUAUAUCAAGUUCAAGAUUUGUUGAUGAUUCCGAUGAUGAUUCCUGCAUAGAAGUACCAACUCAAAUUCCAACAGUUGAUUUAGUAUCAGAUGAUGAUGUCAAUGAUGUAGAUUCAUCCAAUUAUGACGAAGAAACUAUUGUGUUAUCUUCAGACAACGAAGAAAAUCAAUUGACUUUUAAAAAUGAAAAUUUUAAUGAUGAGACUGAAAAAUUAUACUACUGUUCUAUCUGUCAAAAGAAGAAUAUUCUCAACCAUGAUUGUUCUCAACAUACUAAAUCUUUUUUUACUUGCUUGGUACCUAAUUGUAACGUUUUAUCAAGAUCAAAAAACCAUUUUACAUCACAUUAUCUACUGCAUAUUGGUAUGUCUUCAUCAGCUGUUUUGUGUGAUCGUUGUUUUCAAGAAAUCGAACAAUCUGACAUUGAUAGAAAUGGUUGUCAUAUACGCUGUAAUACUGCAAAUGCAUUUAAAUGUUAUACAUGCAAUGUGAGAUUUAAUGGUAUGCAAGAAUUUGCCUUUCAUAAAUUAAAAACACACAAUGGUCUUUUGAUGGAUAUUCAUGGUGAUUAUUUAUGUUUACAUUGCGAAGAAUCAUCUCCAGAACUAACAGUCAUUAAUGAACAUAUGAAGCAUUGUCUUAACAAUCAAGAAAACAAUGUAAAUGCAGCCAAAAUGAAACCUAAGAAACCUACAGUAAAUGAAACAGCAUUAUUGCCAGUUCAAAAUAAUUAUAUAAAUAACGCAAGUGCACUUAAUAAUGGAAACAAGGGAAAGAUUCCUCGUACAUCAGACCAUAUACUUUUUACUUGUUUGAAACCUAGUUGCAAUCUCAUCUUCCAAACCUUUAGAAUUUUUAAAGCGCAUCAUCGUGAUCAUUUUAACCUCGGAGAAACUUUAAUAUGUUGGCAAUGUUGCAAGCCAUUUAAUAAUGCAUCUCAUCUUAGAGCUCAUCAAGUAAAAUAUAACUGUCGUACCCCUGGAAUGUUCAAAUGUUCUAUAUGUCCUGAAAAAUUUGAUGAUAUUGAAAGUUUUAGCAUCCAUAAAUUUACYUUCCAUGAUGGUGUUUUAAUGGCCGCUAAAAAAAAUAGAAAAAGUAUUAUGUGUGCAUUUUGUCAAAUGGAUAUUAAUAUUUUUAACUUUCAAUCCCAUUUGAUCGCAUGUAAAAAGAAGAAUGUCAACAAAAAUACUACCAAAAAGCAGAACGGUACUUAUAAUUGUCAGAUUUGUGGAAAAGUGUUUCUAUCAUCAAUAUCCUUAUCAAAUCAUUCAAGGAUUCACAAUCCGUCUCGAUCAAGCUCAAAAUUUUAAAAAAGAAUAACUACAUAAGCUAUGUAUUAAAGAACAUCUUGAAUUAUUCUAACUUAAGUUAAAUCAAAUCUGAUGAAUUGUUUAUUGUAAGAAAAUUAUCAUCAGUGGAAAAACGUGGCAUAAUUUAAACUCCAUAUACUAUUAUUAUAUUAGGGUUAAACUAUUUGUUCUAUUUUAA